GAGAUCAUAUUAAGCAAGGAAAGCAAAUUUCCAAGGGACAUUGGAGUGCAAUAUGCAAUUAUUGUAAACAAUUUUGGUACAAAGGUUCACCUGCUACUCUCGAAGACUACUUAGAUAAUUUAUGUAAUAAUGUGCCACCAGGUGUUC